AUGGCUCGAAGAACUAGAUGCUUUUCGUGGACGAGUGCGGUCUCUCAUCUUCAGAGGAAUUUAGAUUUACUACUUAGACCAACUUUCACGUCUUCCUGCCCUUGCCCAGGUCUUGUUCUCGAUUUUUUUCGCGUCGCUUUUGGCGGCACAGAAACUGGAACUUUUAUUCGAGAACACAGAAAGCCAGUACUUCUUCGCACCAGCAAGAGUGCCACAAGCAACGCUUCGAGGACAUCAAGGCUCAGAAGUCUGCCUGGGUUUAAAAUGUCCGACUCGCUCUUACACAGGCGAGUGCACGUAACUACAGAUAUUUUGCAGCGUCUUGCAGAAGUUCACCGAUUUUUUGUGCCCGCAAGAUGA